UGGCUGGUUUGAACCUUGGACCUUGCGACCUAGAGAAGUGUCCUCCCAGCGCCAACAUGUCCCGGCCCAACAGCAGAGCCAUUUACAUGCACCGGAAGGAGUACUCCCAGAGCCUGGCCUCCGAGCCCAGCUUCCUGCAGCACAGGGUGGAGCACUUGAUGACCUGUAAGCUGGGAGCUCAGGGCAUCUGGGAGCCCAGGGAUGCCCUGCAGAAGCUGCAGGACAUGGAUGCGCAGGGCCGGGUGUGGAGCCAGGUCUUGCUGCUGCAGGUCCAAGAUGGCUGGCUCCGGCUGCUGGACAUCCAGACCAAGGAAGAGCUGGACUCUUACCGCCUGGACAGCAUCCAGGCCAUGGACGUGGCGCUCAACACCUGCUCCUUCGACUCCGUCCUGUCCAUCACGGUGCAGGAGUCGGGCCUGCCAGGCACCAGCACGCUGCUCUUUCAGUGCCAGGAAGUGAGGGCUGAGCAGCUGAGGACCAGCCUGCAGAAGGCCCUGGAGGAGGAGCUGGAGGGAAGACCUCGGUUUCGAGCCUCUCAUCCAGGCCAGGAAGGAUGGCGGGGGCCUCCUGUGGAGAGGCCGCUCCCUCUGGACCGGGGUCCCCCACCGGACCAGGCCCCCACUCUGGUUCGGGGGCCUGUGACAGAGAUGGCCGGCCCAAUGGAUCCGGGCUUCCCUCCAGGGGGUCACCACUGGCUGACACCGGAGAAUGGUGUACCACCCUCCCCAAGGUCCCUGUCCUACCACUCCAGUACUCAAGGACCAAGAGCCCCUGCAAGACGGGCCCCAUCCCCUGAGGACCUAGCGAGGGAUGAGGAGCUCCUGAACCACGUCCUGACGGACAUGGAGCUGUUCCUGGGGAAACUGAAGGGAGUCCAGCCCCGGUCCAGCGGCAAGAAAAAGAAGAAGAUGAAGAAGAAGUAUCAGGGAGGCCUCACACGGGUCCAGUACAUUGACUACUUCCAGAAGACCAAGUACAGCCUCAUCCUCCUGGGGAAGCUGGUCACCAAGCUUCAGGAGCCGAGUGCCCCUGAUUUCGUGCACAUCAUCUUCGAAACUCUGAACUUUGUUCUGUCCCAGUGCCCCGAGUCUGACCUCGCAGCACAAGUGACCUCACCACUCCUCACUCCCCAAGCCACCAACCUGCUGCUGUCCUGCCUGCGCCAAGAGGAGAGGAACACCUGGCAGGGGCUGGGCAAGGCCUGGACCACCAACCAGGCCGAAUGGACCGACGAGGAGCCCCCACCCUACAUGCCCACAUUCUCUGAUGGCUGGCAGCCCCCGGAGCCCUCCUCUGCCCAGGCACUUGUAGGCUACCGUGACUCCUUCAGGUUAAGGGGUGCUUCGCCCGUUACAAAGGAGGACACAGACGACCCUGGCCCCCCGCCUGGGAAGCCCAGAUUCAGAACGGCCAAGCCAGCCCUGCAAAUGCAGGUCCUCUAUGAGUUCGAUGCCAGGAACCCACAGGAACUUUCUGUGGCCGCGGGGCAGGUCUUGGAGGUUCUGGACCAGAGCAAGCGGUGGUGGCUUGUGCAGAACGAGGAGGGGCAGAGCGGCUACAUCCCCAGCAACAUCCUGGAGCCCUUCCAGCCAGGAGCCCUUGGGAGCCAGGGCCAUUCGUCCCCUCGGGCACCAAAGCUUCGACUCAGCUCCACGCCUGAGGAGGUCACAGCCUGGCUGCAGGCCGAGAACUUCUCCCCCUUCACUGUGAGGACCCUUGGGUCACUCUCAGGGACCCAGCUGCUUCACAUGAGACCCGGGGAGCUUCAGAUGCUGUGUCCGGAGGACGCGCCCCGUGUCCUGUCCCGGCUGGAUGUAGCCAAGAGGAUGCUGGGGAUGACUCUUUAGGCACCAGCUCAGGCCCCUCUAGGACCAGAGCCCUCUCAAGCAAGGUGGCAGAUGGGAU